GUGCCCAGCGUUGAAAACGUCGCCAUUUUAAAUAAAUGAAUCGAAAAGAUUUAUUUUAUGGAACUAAGUUUUUUUUUCCGUUUGUGUUUGUUUUGUUGACGUUUGCCUAAGGAAAAUCUGUAGGUUUAAUUAAUCAUUAAGUUUGAAGCUUAAAUUUAGAUGAUACCUAAUUUUAAAAUGAUAUACUAUGAAUAAGCUGAAAUCGCCUGAAAAUGUGGACUUUUUGGCAGAUUGCUCCACGAAUGUUUUCUUUUUGACUGAUUUAAGAGGGUUGCGGUGGAAAAGAUACACUUCUUCUUGUAAAAAUGUCACCAGUAUAACUGAUGAUCCUAUUCUUUCUGCUUACUCUGCUGCUCUACAUGCUGAUAUUCUUUGCGUAUGGCAACGUGUUGCUGUUCAUGGGAUAUCUGUUGAUUCAGUUGGUGCACAUUUACUUAAAUGUCCAAAAGAACUAAUAUUGUUUUGGUCUGGAGAGAAACCAACUUUAAAUGAUAUUCUCAGUUCUAAUUUGCAAGAAGUUGAUUAUGGAACUUAUGAAGAUGGACUCUCUGAAGAAAUUUUGGAACUCUUUUUUCGAUCUUUACAUAAUAUGAUAGAAAAGUACCUCACUGAAAAUGAGUUUGUUCGCUUGGGCAAAUGGUUUGUAUCGCCACUAAAAAAUGAUGCAAACAACAACUCGUCUGUAUUCAGUUCAUUGGCAUUCAGUUUUUCAUUGUUUUUACAUGGGGAAACCUCAGUGGUUGCUAGCAUAAAUAUUCAAGAAAAAUCUAGCAUACGUCACCUUUCUGCAAAAGAUUUACACAUGUCAACUUUACCAAUGUCAUCAGAGUCUCAUGUUCUUCUGGCACCCUAUGGGUUGAAUGCACAGUUAACUGGUCAUAAUCUUGGUGAAUCAGAUACGAGUUCUUUGAAGAUAUUAGAAGAAUGGCAAAGAUUUUUUCCUUCUGUACCUGCCUUAUCAACAUUUGGUCAGCCAAAUGUAGUAGAAGUGGUUCUUGGAGACAUUAAAAUGCUGUAUCCUGCCAAACUUGUUUUGAUACCUAGUUCAUCAGCAUCUGGUAAUAAUUCAAAGCAUACACAAGAAAAAUAUGAUCAUAUUUCUGCAACUUCAAUUAUAAAGAAUAUUUGGAAAAUGACUCAAGUCAAGCAGUCUCAGCAGACAUGGAAUUUUAAUGAGAAUAAUGUUUAUACAAACUGCAAGUGUAUGGCUGCCACUAACGUUCAACAAUCUUCAAAUGACAAUCGAAUGAUGUUCAGUAACGCAACUAAGUUAACAUCAACACAAUCUGUUAAAGAUUCAAAAGGAGCAUCUAUGUUUCACUACCGUAAACAAAAAGACAUUUCAUUUAUAAAAGAAAGAUUAACCCCUUUAUUGUCUUGUCACGUAGCUAAUUCUUCUACUGCUAAAUUUACUGCACCAGAUACUGUUUUAGAAAAAAACAUCUCAUCUAAUUGUAAAAAUGAAAAAAUUGUCAAAAAAGGAUCUUCACCUUCUUGUGUUAAUAAAACUAAUUGUGAUACUUUUCCUUCAAAACCAUGGAGGAUAUCAAACAAUUUAAAACCUUUUUCUUUUAAAUUACCUACUUCUUUAAAUAAACCUGUUAUAACUUUAAGUCCUCUAGAUGCCAGAGUUAUGAAUGAAAAUGAUAACAAAGUUACACAAUCACCUAUAUCCAUUGAUUUAACUGUUGCUGAAUCUGAUAAAACAGAAAAUAAUAUUAAGAUAAAAAAUGAGCAUUCAGAUCAUUCUGAGCCAUUUGUUUGCAAAAAUGUCAAAGUUGAAACUAUUGAACCCUCAAAAAGAGGACCUGGUAGACCAAGAGGGCGUCAAAAUAGCUUGCAACUGGUUGCUUCAAAUUUUCAAAGUUCUGAAGAUGAAAUGAUAUCACCCUCUGGUAAUAGAAGUUCAAAUAGAAGUGCUAAAAGACAAGAAAAUAUGAACUCUCCUACUAUAGACGGUGUAAAUAAAUCUAAAAAAACCAAAAUUACCGGUAGAGGUGAGCUGAAGACACCUGGAACUCCAAAUGAUAAUCAAAUCUUUAAUUUUAGUUCUAUUAAAACUUUACCUUCUCCAUUAACACCAUCAACUCAUUUUUCUCCAUCAAUAAAAACUAAAAACCUUAUGAGUACUAAAGAUUUAAUGCCUAUAUCUGAUGACUUGGAUCAUUUGUUUGAUGAAGAAGACGAUGAAGAAAAGAAGUUUUCAGCUUUGAAUCCAGUUUGUGACCCCAAUAUUAUUUCAACUGAUGGAUCUCGUUUAAUUACUUCUGGUGGAAUUACAACCAUUGCUGGAUUAACACAACAAGAUCUUGUUCAAAUGUAUCCAACACCUCCAUCACACGAAUCUCACAACCUAUCUUUAUCGCCAAUAGUCUCUAAUGAAUUAUCAGGUUCUUGCAUGACAAUACUCUCUCCUGACAAGCGGCACACAAAAUUAAUCACAGAGAAUGAUCAACUAGAAAUAACAAUUGAACCAUCUCGUUUCAAAUGGAAUUCGCCUUCAUUUUUUAUUCCUAAGAUUUGCUUUGAACCAAUAUCGGAACUUUAUCUGCCAGUCUCACUGCCUAGUCAAAAUCUAAAAUCUUUAUCUGAUAAAUAUAUAAAAUACAAGUCAACUUUGAACUUUCAAUCUCCUCCAGUUUUAUCAAGAUGCUCUGAUGAAGUCUUGUCAUCAGUAAAUUUUUCACCACAUCAACAAAAAAAUGAUAAAGUAUUAACAAAUCAAAAAAGUGUUCCUCUAAAUUUCAAACAAGACCACUCAUUGGUUGUAAUAUUAACUUUAUUUGAUUCAUUUUUAAAUUGGACUUUAAGUGAUUAUUCAAGUAAUUCUUCUAUUCAAAUAGUAACUUAUGAACUUUAUAAAACAUACCAAAGUUUUACUUGGAAUUCUGAAAUCAAUAUUGAUUUAUAUUCAAACAAUGUACCCAGUAAUAAAAUCUCCAAAGAAGAUAUUAAUGAUAAAACAGUUGAUUUUUCAGUAGACCUGAUAAAAAUUCUUCUAAAGAAAUUUUCUUCAACAAUUUCUAUAUGUCAUAUGUUAACAACAAUAUCACAAUAUUAUUCAAAUUGUGAUGAGGUGAAAACAAGCAGCGAAUGUAGUGUUUUAUUACGAAAAAAUCUUGUUAAACGAUUAAUCAGCUUAAUUGAAUACGGACUUCUAAAAUCAGUUAGAAAACCUCUAUGGGACACUACUAAGACAGAGGGUCUUUUAUGUUUUAAAAAAUUGUAUCAGAUGUCAAGUAAGAGUUCCUUACAGUCAAUGUCUUCCAAAUCUCCUCUUUUGUUUAACUAUGAUAAUGAAACUAUAUCUAUAUCUCCUGAUGCAUCUCGUCAUUGGCAAGUUAUGUAUUUAGAACCAUUUGGUGGUCAAAGAAAUAUUGCUUACAUUGUAGCUCUUCCGGAAAAUGACUUUAUUGUUGAUAGUGCUAAAAGAUUCUUCAAAGAGCUAAGUUCAAUUUACGAGACACUUAAUCUUGGCUCUCACUCUCCAAUUAUAAAAGAUUUACGUGAUGGAAUGCUACGUAUCAAACAAAAAGAUUACAGCAAAUUUUCUACUGUUACUGUUGAUGAGUGGUUUGAAGGUGACGCUAGGGCUCAACUGAAAUUUGUUGCACAAUUUUGCAAACAUCAACUUGGUCCAUAUUUGGCUUCUCUAUCUCUUGAUUCAUCUCUUUACAUAAACAAAUUUGAUAGCGAUAAAAAUAAUCUUUCUAACUGUGGAAAACAAAACCUAAUAUCAUUAUCUGGAGGACAGGCUACAACAAUUAAUUCAUCUACGGCUACAGCUACAGUUUAUGAUGACUUACCUGUUGUUGAAUGUGAGAUGACAAUCCCAAGCAUUGUUGUGUAUAUGGUUGACCCAUUUCAUAACAAUUCUAUUUCAAAAGAUACAAACUUAUGUUCAUAUAUUGGUUUUUUGAGAUCGUUCCUUGAAAUGACAUCUCAGCUGAAUAGCAAAUUAAAAGUCAAUAUAAUUUUACAAAUUAUUCCUUUGGAGCAAUUAUUACAAGUUAAUUCAAUAGCACGAAAACAUGACACUAAAGGAUCUUAUUGUGCUGAACUGAAGAGAUUAGCAUUAAAUGUGUACUCUCAGUGUCGCUCAAAUCCAACUUCAGAUGUAUUUAAAAAUCAAAAAUGUAUGACUGGAUUUGGCAUAUUAAAUGCAAGGGAAAGUCUUAUUAGAAGAAGACAAGUUGAAAAUAUCCUUCCGACACAAAUUUAUCAUCCUGCAUAUGUCUUAGCUGAUCCUAUGAAGUAUGUUAAAUCAGAUUCUUUAAUAUCUUCCACUCCAAGUUCUUCACAUGAAAAUAUUUUAUUUUGCUGUUACUGUUUAUCAUUGGAUAAUAAAUGGCUUAUUGUCAUGUGCACAGACAAAAUUGGGCAGUUAUCAGAAACAACUCUUAUAAAGACACUUCAUUCAAAUAAGAAAAAGGAUUUAAUGUGGAACAUAAUAUUAAGAAAGUUGUGGGACUUUAUAAACAGUGUUGUAUCAUUUUCUGUGUGCAGUUGGAGAAUCGUUUUAAGUAGAUAUGGUGAUGUGUGUCACACAGAGUUAAAAGAGAUGAAUAACUUGGUACAAAAAGAAAUCCAUAAUCUUAUUUCCCGUCCAGCGUCUCCACAUACUGAUGUUUGUCUUCGAUGCUCCACUGAUGAUAGUAAACGCGGAAAGUGCGUUUUUAGGAGUAUAUCGUUUUGCACGACUAAGGUUGAUCGGUACAUAAGACUGAUGUUGUUUAAAAAAAUACGUAAUAUUGAUUCCGCUUACAGUCGCAUAUACAUAAUACCGUCAUCAAAUGGGCAAAAACAGACUUCAGGAGCAAACAUAAAUGAUUCUUUUUCUACAGAUCGAAAAAACAGACUAUUCAAUGAUUACGACGAAAACCACACUUUCAUGCCACUUAUUUCUUCGCCUGCCGAUGCGUCGUUAUUUAGUACUUCGCCUCAAUCUGAGUUUUCUAAAAUGAAUACUUUAGGUCUCUCUCCUCCCAAUAUUAUUGCCGGGCAUAAUUUACCUUUUUUCUCACCGCAAAUUUCUAAUAGCUAUAUAUCUCCAAAUAAACAUUCUAAUAAAUUGUGUAAUCAACUUGCUUCAGGAUUUUUAUUGUCAGGUUCUUCGGACGAUAAACAGAAAAGUACGGAACCGAGUGUGCUAAGAAGUGAUCUUUUGAUUCAUGAAUCAUCGUCUGCUAUUGAUUUAACACACUCAUUAGAUUCUAAAAACUAUUUCGAAGUCUUGAGAUUUAUUUUGGAACGUUUUGAUAACCUUUCUUGGUUGACUAUUAAUCCUGCUACCGGUAAACGAGAGUCGUCGUUUCCGGUUCAUGUAAAAAAUGUGGAAAAUUGUCGCAAGAUAUUAGCGUGCUUUACUUGUUAAUUUUUUUUUUUUUUUUUUAAUUCGUUUAGAAAGUGAAUAUGAUUUUCGAUUUAUUUAUGUAAUCGCUGUCUUUCAUAUCUAUCGCGCGCUUUUCCUAUCCUGCGUUUUUUUGAUGUUCACAUUAGAUACCAGAACUCGGUUUAAUUUUUGUUUUAGUAUUUAUAUUUUAAUGUAAAAUCAAAAAUUAUAGUUUACAAAGAUGAAGUUGUAUAUAGAUGAAUUUCUUUUAUGUAGUUUACAAACAUCUACGAUAUAGUUUAUAAAACCUCGAAUUGAGUAUUUUUCCAGAAUUGUUUAUAUCUGCUGCAAUUUUACGUAUUAAUCUAUUUAAAAUAAUAUUGAAAUUAAUAUUAUUUGUAUUACUUCUAUUCUUGAAUUAUUCUUAUAAGUGUGAUCAUAGACGAUUUAUUCAAACAAUAUUUAAAAUAAAAUCCUUAAUAAAAAAGAAAAAAUUUAAAUCUGAUGUUUCCUUUUAGUACGAAUAACUUUAAAUCUGAUAUGAGAAUACUUCAAUAUUUUUCUCUGUUAUAAUAAUGGUGUGGAAUAUUUUUGUGGUACUCUAAUAUUAUUUUAUUUUAAAUUGAACAUUUUAGAAACUUAUAAAGAUAAACUAGAA